ACCAAAUCUGGUGAUUAAUAAAAUGUCAAUGUCAAAUUAGGGAAUUUAAUAUUAAUAAGAAGGAGAAGGAGAAGGAGAAGGGGACCAAAAACCAAGAAAUUGGAUUUGUAGAUAUUGUUGGUACGGUGUAGGUGUAGGUGUAGGGCAAAGAUUUUUGCAGACAGUAUUUUGGGGAAUCGGCUGUGCCUGCUCCUCGAUCCCCAUCUCCAUCUUCCAACAUUUCACUCUUUCACACUUUGUAUUAUUUUAUUCAUUUUUAAUUGAAAAGGUUGAAAGAGAGUGUAUGUACAAAGUAGGGGAGGUUGGCGUGUAGUGCAGGUGCAAUUCGCCACAAGCAAAGCAAAGCCAGACGAGACCACUGGCACACUUAAGAGAGAAAACACGCUGCCACACCCAUCACUCUCCCUCUCUCUCUCUCUCUCUGUAUGUGUGAAUCUACACCCAACAUCUGUAGCACCAAAUGCAUACACCCCCGCUAUUAUCUGACAAGAAUGAACGAGAAUGAGCAAGUGGUGCAUUACGUGGACAGCAGCUACUCCUACCCUGUCUCUGAGGGUUAUGUUGAUUUCUUCGGCGGUGUGCCGACAGUCCCUUUGAGUUAUCUCAACUUCGCCUCUAUGCAUGAUCAGGAAGCUUUAUAUUGGUCAAUGCACAUGAAUUCAUAUAAAUAUGGACAACCUGAUCCAGAGGGUAUCUAUUAUGGAUUCUAUGAAGGCAAUGACCUUGCCCCAAGAAUGGAUUCUAACAGGAGAGUUUGGGAAUAUUCUUCAAUUGCAACCGCAGAAGAUCCUAUAACUGUAGAUAUUCCUCCUGAACAAAGUGUGGUUUCUGAAGUGCAUUCUAUUCCCGAGGAAAGACUACCAAAUGAUCAAGAUGCUGCCAAUGAUGAGGUUGCAUGGCAAGAUGAUAUUAACCCUGAUACCAUGACGUAUGAGGAACUGCUUGAUUUAGGCGAGGCAGUGGGAACUCAAAGUCGAGGACUUUCCCAAGAGCUCAUUGAUCUUCUUCCGACCUCAAAACACAAGUCUGGCGGAAUUUUCUCAAGGAAAAAAAUCUGAAGAGAGAUGUGUCAUUUGCCAGAUGCGAUAUAAAAGAGGGGACAGACAAAUCAAUUUACCGUGUAAGCAUGCCUACCACUCUCAUUGUGGCUCCAAAUGGCUUAGCAUCAACAAGGUACUUCGACACCAUCUUUAAAAUCCCAAGUGUGUUUUAUUAAGAGCAUGUUCCACUUCUUUCCAGACAUGUCCAGUAUGCAACAGAUGAGCACACGCACACAAACUGAGUGAAAGUUGCAUAGAGAAGAGGUGCUGUUUAUUGCACAUUUAUGCUCUCUCUCAUACGUAGAAGCUAUGCAGAGUGUAAUAGUGUGUAGUUUAGAAAAUCUACUUAUAUUUUUUUUAAAGAGUGGCAUCCAAUUUUUUGUUUUCUAACGCUCAGAAACUGCAAUCCACAGUUUUACAAAGAGAAACUAAAAUUAACAUUAGUUUUACAAAGAGAAGUGACAACAGUAUUCAAGCAUCUUAUUUAUUUGCGUUAUGAAGUACACGAGGUUCAAAACAUUGCGUAAAGUAUAACUUCUUUGAAUAACUGUAAUUUAAUGAAGCAGCUCAUUUUUUCUUCUUCUUUUUCUUUUUCUUUUUCUUGUGUGACGAAAAUUUAGUUGGAGCAAGAGUCCGCUGUUCGAUCAUUCUUUUUCUCCAUGUGGAAUUCUGUAACUUUCUAUCUAUAUUUGUCACUCUAAGACGGCAUGGCAUGAAUCCCUUAAAAUUCGACUUGACUCAUUUAUGGGAAGGAGGAAGUUGACUAGUCUUUUUAUAUGAAAAUAUAUUUUUUCUGUUCCAAGGUAGUUAAGUUGUAUUCUUUCCCCACCAUUUUUCCACA